GAGAUAAUAAACAGAACACCCUGCAUCAGCCCACCUUCCAACAUCAGGCAUACCGUGUCACACCAUACUUUGACAGUUCAUCAAACACACCUGUCAAACGGCAUCAGAACUAUCACAAACGCGUCGGUGCUUUCAUUAUCGAAUAUCCGAAUCAGUGAUGGGUAGAGAUAAACGAGAUAUACCCAAACAUCGUUGCGGAUUGAAAAAGACCACACGCGGCUUGCAGCCUUUGCCCCCCAGCGCAUCUAGAUGGAUGAAGUUCAAGCGAUGGGUGAAAAUUUUGAGCUUACUGGAUGAGAAGAACCGAAGAUGCAUCAGUUUCUUUGCUGGUACUUCUGAGAUGAGGAACGAGUUCUACAGACAUGUUAAGAAUCGUGAUAAGUACGUGAUACAUCCAUUCAGCAAGCUAAGCUACAUCUUGGACCUGCUGUUUUUCUUUUCAUGGGGGGCCCAGCUCGUCAUCCUACCAGUGUACUACUCAGUGGCAGUCACUUUACAUGACGUACUGAACCCAAUUACAGCUUCCGCUCUGGCUACUAUUCAAACAAUAUCUGUUGUUUCCCUCUUUUUCAUCGGUUACAUCAAGUACAAAACCAAAACAAUAGUAAUCGACCACAAAAUGAUCUGCUUGCACUAUGUCAGGACAUUCUUCAUACCAGACCUCAUAGCAGUAGUUGGACCAGUCUUACACGUGUUUAUGCGUACGGUCAUGGUGACAGUUUCUAUAGAUGAAACAGACGAGUAUGAUUAUAUUCACUUUCUAUAUCGGUACUCAAUAUCAUUCUGCUACGUAAUCAGGCUGAAAUCGCUCAAGAAAACCACCAGAGACAUUUUGGUGGUUUCUGGAAUGCCUGAAACUGUCACUUUUACUGUUGAUCACUUAUGCACAAUGACACUAAUGCUACAUAUGAUGACUUCACUGGCUAUUUCCAUCCCAUGGACGAUUUACCACAUAGAUUAUCCUGAGGAGUCUUGGUUGAGACAAGCUAACAUACACAAUGUUACUCUUUCUGGUAUUUCCACAGUGUACGGACAUGGCUUUCUAAUGACAUGCUGCUACUUUUUCGGAUUAUCUCAUGGGGGCUAUCACAUAACUAUGCCAAACGAAGAGAUAACACUGUUCAUAGUUUCAUUUAUAGGAAGAUUAUACACACUUUAUAUGAUCGCUGACUUGUUGAGAUUAUUUGGUUUGGUGAAUAUAUCAGAAAGCAGAUACGAACAUUUCCUUGUAAUGUUGAAGGAGUACAUCAAGUCAAAGGAUCUGCCUCCUCAAAUGAGGGUAAAGGUGUUAAAUUACUAUAAGUACAAACUCCAAGGGAAUUACUUCAGUGAAAGACAAAUAUUCGAUACACUUUCGGUACAUCUCAGAAUUGAAAUGCUUUUAUAUCGCGCCAGAAACUUCUUGGCCAAGAUGCCGGUACUUCAAGUUAUACCCAGGGAACAACUUGGUGCGCUGAUAGCUGAAAUGCAGAAUAAACUUUACUCUCCAGGUGAUACGAUUGUCAAAGAGGGACAGUUGAUGGAUAAUGUCUACAUUAUAAAAUGUGGUACUGUAGCCAUGUAUCGCAACAACACUGAGCUGUGUCACAUAGAAGAUGGUGACACGUUUGGCGAAUCUUUAUUCACAGCAACUGGGAACAUCCAAUAUCAGUUUACCUAUAUCGCGAUAGAUUAUUGUGAGAUAUACAAUAUCCCUAAAGAUAAGUUUAUUCAGGUUUUAAUGGAAUACGAUGAUGUGAAAAAAUUCUUUGAAACCAGGCUUCACGGAAAGGAGAAAAAAAUCGAUCAUUUGAAAAGGAGUUUAUCGGAAACUAAUGAUAUAGUAAGCCAAUUAAAGAGUGGAAAGAUACUGGAGAAGCCUAAGUUAAAACCCACCUACUUAGCUGAGUAACAAAAUAAUUGCUUAGUGAUAUAAGAAGAUAUAUCAAUACUUGCACGUAAUUUUGACUUAUUUACUUAAAGUUGGAACUUCUUUCAAGAGAUAUAAAGGGACGAUGCAAGAAUUGACAUUGAACCACAGCUCGUAUUUAGAAUACUAUGUUGUAUUUUAGAAAAAUGAUUGUUGAAUAUUUUUCUCAGGUCUGCAUUGAUAAUAAACUGGAUCGGGGACCAUAGGGUUUUCUAGCCCUGAACAUAAUCCAGACGUAAAGUUGAUCGUAUAUAUGACUUUUUUACUUGAAUAUUUCAGAACAUCUUUAUUUUGAAGUUUCAUCAAACAUACUCAAUUUUGACGUCCUAGCAGAUCACCAUUUUAAAAGUAGUGAUUUUGCAUUCUAGGGUUUUACAAUUACUCAUAAUGAGCCUUGAAAUGACAAAUCAUUCCAUUUAAAAAAAAAGGUCCAAAAUAGAACCCUGUAGCUAUUUUGAAAUUUUCAAAAUUUUGGGUGUUGCGUGAGGCGAGGGGUAGGUUGAAAGUAACUGUAUAUGUUCUGUAUCUCAGUGUUAUAGAUUUGAAGCAGGAACUCACACCAUUCGACUGAAAUAAAAAUAUACUUGUAGUCUUGCGCGAGCUUAUGCACCAUCCAUUAUCUUUUAAAAGAUAUUCUAACCAAUGCGCCAAAAUCUCAGAUAUAUCAUCACACAAUCUAUGUAAUCCAUAUCAAAACUUCGUGCAGGUAUCUAUUUUUUCAAUGUUUGCGUUAUUUGUGUUUCUAGUGCUCUGACCGUUAUGUUUGUAAAUAGGAAAUAUAGUGCAGAUGUUUUAGG